UUCCAAACCUUAAAAUUUUCCAACCACACACUUGGUUAAAAUUACGAAGUACUCAUAAAGUAUUUAUUGGAAGUGAUCAGUGAGGAACACAUUCUGAGGGGCUGAUAGAGAAGAAAACCUCACAUUAUGCAAGUCCCAUGCAGGACUCAUAGACUGUUAGCUCAUUCAAGCUCUGAAUACUCUCUGUAUAUGAAUAUAUUGCAACACUGUGUCGACACAAGAACUAUUACACCUGGUCUUCUUGUUCACAACCGAGUUUUGACAAAUGGGUUUUAUUCAAAUGUCCAUUUAAACACGAAACUUGUAAUCUUCUACGCCAAAUUUGGCCGAGUUCCGGCCGCUCGUAGUAUUUUUGACAGAAUGGAAGAGAAGAGUGUUGUUUCUUGGACUGCUAUGGUUUCUGGGUACACUCAAAAUGGGUGUUUCAGAGAUGCUUUAAUGGUGUUUUUGGAAAUGUGUAGAGCUGGUGUUAAACCAAAUCAGUUCGGGUAUGGCAGCACUUUGAGGGCUUGUACGGGUCUGAGAUGUUUAGAGACUGGGUUUCAGAUACAAGGGUGUAUUCAGAAGAGUAGAUUUAUUGUGAAUUUGUUUGUGCAAAGUGCAUUGAUUGAUUUUCAUUCGAAGUGCGGAAAGAUGGAUGAUGCAUGUUAUGUGUUUGAGAGAAUGUCUAAGAGGGACUUGGUGUCUUGGAAUGCGAUAAUUGGUGGCUAUGCUGUUCAGGGUUACUCUGAUGAUUCGUUUCGAGUGUUUUGUUCAUUGAUGAGAGAAGGAGAACACCCGGAUUGCUUCACCUUGGGAAGUCUUUUGAGAGCCUUAGCUGGAGGCAGUUUUAUCAUGAAGGUUAGUCAAGUGCAUGCACUCAUCAUCCAACUAGGUUAUGGAUCAUAUAACUCUCUAAGUGGCUCACUGAUCAAUGCUUAUGUAAAAUGUGGAAGUAUAGAAAAUUCUUAUCAAAUAUACAUGAGUAUGUCAGAAAAGGAUAUUAUAUCUUGCACUGCCCUGAUAAGUGGAUAUGCACAAGAAAGUAACCACGGUAGAGAUGCCCUGGAUGUCUUGAAAGAAAUGACUCGUAUGCACCUGGUUUUCGAUGAAGUCGCAUUAUGCUGUAUGCUUAAUAUGUGUGCCAACGUAGCCUCACUGAGCUUAGGAAGACAACUCCAUGCUCUUACUUUUAAACAUCAAUUUUAUAAUGAUGUGGCUAUGGGAAAUGCUCUCAUUGACAUGUAUGCAAAAACUGGAGAGAUUGAAGAAGCAACUCGUGCUUUUGAUGAGAUGGAGGAGAAAAACAUCAUCUCAUGGACAUCAUUGAUUGCUGGAUAUGGUAAACAUGGUUUUGGACAUAAAGCAAUUGAACUAUAUAAGAAGAUGGAAUGUGAAGGAUUAAAGCCAAAUGAUGUUACAUUCUUGUCCCUUCUCUGCGCUUGCAGUCAUACUGGUUUGACUAGUGAAGGAUGGGAAUGUUUUAAAGAUAUGGUCAGCAAACAUAGCAUCUUACCUCGAGAAGAACAUAUAGCUUGUUUGGUAGAUAUUUUUGCACGUGGAGGCUGGUUGGAAGAAGCUUUUCAUCUUAUAUGCAAGAUGAAUGUCAAACCGAAUGCAUCCCUUUGGGGUUCGAUUCUCGGGGCAUGUAGCACCUAUGGGAAUAUGUGUCUUGGAGAAGUAGCAGCUAAGCAUCUCUUUCAUGUGGAUCCAGAUAAUUCUGCUAAUUAUGCUGUUCUAGCAAGCUUAUAUUCUGCAACUGGUGCAUGGGAUAAUGCUGGAAACAUGAGGAAUUUUAUGAAAAAUAGAAGUUUAAAGAAGGAGCCAGGACACAGCUUUUUACAGUCUACACAGAACAAACUUAUACUUUUAUAGACAAGUUUAUAUUUCAGAAUUGUUAGCAGAAAUGAUGGCUUGUCUAAUUCUGGUGGCAGUACAAUAACACAUUGAAUUCCACAGAAUGCUCUUGGCCUUCUUAUCUUUAUGGGUUAUUUUUGCCCUAGUGGAAGUAUAGUUUUGCUGGAAAUUCUGUGAUUGAGUGAUCAACAUUGUUACAGCAGUUGCAGAGGUAUGUUGUUGAUUAAAGAAAUUAUCUGGAAUAGAACAUAGAACAUGAAGUGGAUAUGUGAUUAACAAGUUUGGGCCCAUAGAUAAAAUUCCAUAUCAUUAGCAUCUUCUAAGCAAUCUCAUAAUGACCACUAUAAUAUUCUUUCCAGUUUAAGUCGUAUUGGAAGUUUUGCAUUGUCACGGAGCAUUACCAUAGUUGAUGCUUGACUUUAUGGAAACCCUAUUAUUUUAUUUUGGAAUGGGCAACAUUACAAACGCAGACACCUACUUAAAGUAUCUUUCCACACAUGGCCGCUAGUUGUGUUAGAUAUGAGCUACACCAUAUUCCUAUAAUCCUAUUAGUUUUAUAGCUAAAGAGACACAUGCCCAUGAUGUUUUUUAAUUUCAAAAGUUGGUCUAGUUUAAUCUUAAUGAACUUAUGGAUACCUUUAUCUGGUACAUAUUUUCUGAUUAUAUCUUCUCUUAACCACACCCACAUAAGCAAGCCACCAAAACACAAAGGGGAAAAGUAAGGAAUAUUUUGAUUCUGGAUUCCAUUUAUCUGGUUAUCUGUAAAACCAGAAUGUGGUUCACAUUCUGCUUGUUGUCUUACCGUGCCUGUACAUGUAGCAGUAGACCCACACAUCCCUGUCCUAGGGCUCUCCAGUCCUAAUGAAAACCCCCCAUUAUGCAAUAUAUCACUAAACCAUUCAUGCUUUCCCGUUUACCUCAAAUUUCCCUAUUAACACACAAAUGGUCUCACAUAUAAUAUUUUACAUUAUUUUGUUUCUAGUCUUUAUCGUUUCACCUGACCAGAUUCUAAUUAUCAUACCAUUAUUACAACAAAGAAAUUUUAAGGAUAAUGGCUUCAGUGUGAACUCUACACAGAUUUCACUGUGGGACUAUACGAAUCAAUAGUCUAGAUUAAACUAUGGUAAUUGUUGACAGCACUCAACGACAUCAUAACUUAACUGUAAGCAAACACAUUAAAACUAUAAUGUUUUUAUACAGAAAUCAGCACAAUUGCCUUAAAUGCAGACCUAGACUUUUAGUCAACAACCUAAAUCAUAACUAAACCAAGACGAAGGCCACAUUAAGAAGACUUUAUUACAAACCUCACACGAAAAAACAAACACCCUAAGAUCCCAUUUAUUAUUAUUUUAUCUGGGAGGGCAAUCACACAUCAAGCACUAGAGUUAUUCACACGCACACACAAGAUGAAAAUCAACAUGUAAACACACAACAUAGAAAGUAGUUAUGUAUGUUUGAUUCAGACUUUGGGAGCAGCUUGGUUGGUCUGGGCAUGUGAACGAGCUUUGAUGAUGAAGAAUCCCAGGGUGUGUCCAGCCACAGCGGCUAUGAAGAUACCUAUGUUGAAGGACAUGACAGAGAGCAUGACCAGAUAAACAAAACCGAUUCUGAAAGCAUAGACACUGGCUUGAAUGGCACCCGCCUUGAUGGGGCUGGUGCCGGCUUUUACAGUAGGAGAGACUGACAAAACCUCAGCAGCUACAGCUAUCAGAAAGAUUAAGAAGAAAGCAAGCAUAUACAUCCCAAGAUUCUGGUUUGGCCAACCAGAGAACAAGAUUACAGCAUCUUUUCCCCAGUAAAGGCUCGAGUGCAUCAUCGCCUCUGUUGUGUUUCUCAGGUCGCCACCCAUUCCGGGCAUGUUGCUGCCACUCAUACCAGGCAUGUCACCACCACCCAUAAUGUCCACAUCGUCGUGAUUAUGUCCCUCAUGUGACAUUUGCUUUGAGAGAAAGAUUAGAGACUUGGGGUGAUUUGGGUUUUGGCAGUUAUUAGCUUUUCUUGUUUGUGUUUGUAUACAUGUAAUCUAAAUGGAAAGAGGAGCUGGAAAGCAACAUCUUGGAAGUGCUGACAGGUUUGGGAAGUGCAAGAAGAACGUUUGAUUGGUUAUAUACAUAUUUAUUUAUGCUUCAUGGUUUCUGUUAGUUUUUUCAUUUGUUUAUUAUUGUCACUCUAAAGCUCUACGAAAGUGAAAAGAAAUGAAACCAUAUUUUAAAGCUCGACAACUUUAGUUUCUCUGCUCCAUUAACAUAUUUUUAUGAAAUUUAAGUUAUGGUUUUUCAUAGUCA